GCGGUCUUGAACGAGGGGUGCAGGAAGCGCGUCAGUAGCGGUUUUGCAGUCUCCGAUUCGAAGCUAUUGAUCAACGAUGUUCUCCUCUGUCCUCCGCUCCGCAUCCCGCCAGCCUCUGAGCAGCGCCGCUUCCAUGACGGCAAUGGCGUCUGCCCUUGGCCUCGCUAGCUUCUCGUCUACCGCACGCAACGCUGAGGAACCAAAGGUGGCGCUGAGCCCCAAGGAAUUCCGCUCCUUCAAGGUAACAAAGGUGGAGGAAGUGACCCACGACACCAAGCGUCUUGUCUUCGCCCUUCCUAGCAAGGAGCACGAGAUGGGUAUUACUGUUGCUAGCUGUCUGAUGGCGAAGGCGAGCGUGGACGGCAAGAACGUCGUCCGUCCAUACACGCCCACCAACACGAACGCCGAGAAGGGCGAGCUGGAGCUCGUGGUCAAGGGCUACCCGACCGGCAAGCUGAGCAAGCAUAUCGUUGACUUGAACGUGGGCGAUGAGCUGGCCAUGAAGGGUCCAUUUGUCAAAUUCGAAUACAAGCCCAACCAGUACAAGAGCAUCGGUUUUCUGUGCGGUGGCUCGGGUAUCACCCCCGCUCUGCAGGUGGUCAAGGAGAUCUGCCGUAACCCGGAUGACUCGACGCAGGUUGUGCUGAUCUUCUGCAACCGGACGGAGAAGGACAUUAUUCUUCGUGACGAGCUGGACGCUCUGCAGUACAUGUACCCGCAGUUCCAGGUUAACUACGUUCUGGACAAGCCUGAGGCUAACUGGGAAGGUUACUCGGGUUACGUGACCAAGGAGCUGGUCGAAAAGCUGCUGCCCGGUCCGUCCGACGAGACUCUGAUCGGUGUGUGCGGUCCUCCUCCGAUGAUGGACGCCAUCUCGGGCAACAAGGCCCCCGACCGGAGCCAGGGCGAGCUCAAGGGCCUGCUCAAGGAGAUGGGAUACACCAGCAGCCAGGUCUUUAAGUACUAAGUCGAGUGACCCGAUCCUUCGACAUGUAGGCAGUAACUGAAGCUGACUACCUCGUUACCGUAUUCACUGACUGUCAUGAAAAAUGGAUACCUGUGUAGCAAUAAAGAUUGCGCAUCGGUUUCCACU